AUGCUCACACCUACUCUCACGGUUUUCACCCUCCAAGGAGCGCUGCAAUAUCAGCGUGAUGUACCACUGGACAGCAGCGCGCANAAAUCUCUGAAGUCUUCGAAAACAGUGGUGAGUAAGAAGAGUUCGCAAGAUUUGCGCAAAAUGGUCAAGUCACAGGUCAAGCUGCAAGAAGUGAUUGAUGAAACCUUAAAGCAAAUGUGUUCCACUGAUCCUGAGCCAUUGCCUGAGGGUGUAGAUUGCCGUUUAAGAGAUCAAGGUGAACAAAUGGGUUUACAGAAGACAUCCGGCUCAUGCAAACGCUGCACUGAUAAGAUAUAUUCGCGUUCAAGUCAAAAAGAUGUUAUGACUGAGAUUCCCAAGGGCGACUUUUUGGAAUGUCGCUCGGGCGACACACUCACGAUUUCGGUGGAUGAUGUUGUCAACUCCAAAGUGAUCAAUCCCAUGAUACGUAAGCUACAGCGUAUGUAUCUGAAUAAUUUGCGUGAAGAAAUGUCUCUGAUGGAAGAUCUGGAACGCCUGCCACAUAAGGUUAACGAGGUAUAUAAAGCAACUAUAUUCAAGCAGAAAGAAUGAGAUGUGCAGGAGUUAUC